AUGUCAAACGCAAAAAACAAAGACCGCGUCAUUAUUUUUGACACCACUUUGAGAGACGCGGAACAGACGCCGGGGGCUACGCUCGCGUUGCGCGAAAAAGUUGAAAUUGCCUAUCAACUCGCGCGGCUCAAUGUCGAUGUUAUCGAGGCCGGAUUUCCCAUAUCGUCCGAUCAGGAUUUUAAUGCCGUGCGGCGCUUGCACACGAGGUCGAAGGCCCUGUUAUUUGCGGUCUGUCUCGCGCAAUUUUCAAAGAUAUUGACCGCGCAGCUCAAGGCAGGAACGGAAGCUAUCACGCUCUUUGGGAAAAGCUGGACGCUUCACGUGACCGAUGUGUUGCGGGCGACACUUGAAGAGAACCUGCAAAUUAUUGAGGAUUCUUGCGCCUGGCUCAAGGAAAACGGGCGAGAAGUCAUUUACGAUGCCGAACACUUUUUCGAUGGUUAUAAAGCCGAUCCCGAAUACGCACUGGAAACUUUGUUGGCCGCGCAAGCAGGGGGAGCGGAGGUACUCGUCUUGUGCGAUACUAAUGGCGGUACGAUGCCGUAUCAGAUACAGGAGAUCAUCAGUGCCAUUCAGCCCAGGCUUGAUGUGCCUUUGGGCAUUCACACGCACAACGACGCGGGAAUGGCCGUGGCGAAUAGCAUUGUCGCACUCGAAAUGGGUGCUACGCACGUGCAGGGCACCAUCAAUGGCUAUGGGGAACGCUGUGGCAAUGCCAACCUGUGUUCGGUGAUUCCAAAUAUUGAAUUUAAGUUGGGAAAGACAGCUAUUGGCGCAGAAAAUCUCAAAAGACUUAUGGAAUUAUCGCGCUUUGUCAGCGAAAUAGCCAAUGUCUAUCACGACCACCGCCAACCUUAUGUAGGCGAGAGUGCUUUUGCACACAAAGCGGGUGUUCACGUAGAUGCGAUGCUUAAACAACCCGCCACGUAUGAGCAUUGCGAUGCAGAAGCUGUGGGCAACCAGCGCCGUUUUCUGCUUUCAGAACAAUCGGGCGGCGGGGCUGUUGCAGCAAAAUUACACCAUCUAAUUCCCGGGCUGGACAAACGCCAUCCAACCGUCCAAAAAUUGCUGCAAAAAAUUAAGCAACUGGAACAUGAAGGCUAUGUUUUUGAAGCCGCUGAAGCGUCGUUUGAAAUCCUCGCCCGGCAGAUAUUGGGCAGCAUUCGCAGACCGUUCAAACUCAUCAAUUACAGGACGAUUAAUCGCAAAAGUGUUGCUGGCUCUGAAGUAGAAGCCAUUGUGAAAAUCGAAAUUGAUGGACAGAUCUACCACACGGUUGGUGAAGGUGAUGGUCCUGUCAAUGCCCUCGACUCCGCAUUGCGCCUGGCACUUGAAAGCGUGUAUCCCACCCUCAAAGAUGUGCGCCUUGAAGAUUACAAAGUGCGCGUGUUAUCCAGUGCCGAUGGCACGGCGGCCAAAGUGAGGGUGCUGGUCGAGUCCUCCGACCGGCAGCGCGUGUGGAAUACUGUGGGGGUAUCUGAAAAUAUCAUCGAAGCCAGUUGGAUGGCACUGGUCGAUAGUUUGACCUAUAAAUUGCUGCUCGACGACAUCAUCGUCGUUGGCUGA